AUGUCGACGGAGCAGAAACCUAUCGACCUGAUAGCUGGCUGGCCCAACCCUGGCUUACUCCCGCCCACGCGCCUGGAAACUGCUGCCCACGAUGUUCUACAAGAUCCAUAUCUUGCUAAACAAUCCCUCAGAUACGGUCCGGACGAGGGCUACCAUCCCUUGAUUGAAGAGAUCGCAAGAUGGCUUACAAGAUUCUAUUGUCCAAAAGAUGCAAUUGGUCCUGAAAGAAUUUGUAUAACUGGUGGUGCCUCACAGAAUUUGGGAUGCGCUCUUCAGGUUUUUACAGAUCCCGUCUAUACGCGUAACGUCUGGAUGGUUGCUCCAACAUAUUUCCGCGCCUGUCCUAUCAUCGAUGAUAAUGGAUUCGGUGGUCGCAUCAAGGGUGUGCCUGAGGGCGAGGAAGGCAUCGAUAUCGACUACCUAAGCACACAUAUUGCUAAAAGCGAGGAAGAUGCGGUCAGAAAUGGCAAUACAGAGCCAAAGAUGAAGACCCACUACUCAUGGAGAAAAAUAUACAAACAUGUUAUUUAUGCUGUGCCAACUUUCGCAAACCCCUCUGGCUGCUUGAUGAGCUUAGCAAGACGCGAGCAAUUGUGGUCGUCAAAGAUAUCAGGACCGGCACGAAAUCGCUUUCAGGCUAGAUAUCCUCGCUUGGUUGAUAUAGACCGUUACCUCGAUGGUGGACCUGUAUCUGAAUGGGGCAACACUAUGAGCAACGGUAGCUUUUCCAAGAUUAUCGCGCCAGGCUGUCGAACUGGAUGGGCUGAAGCAACACCGAAACUAGCUUGGGGUCUCAGCCAGUGUGGCUCGUCGAGGUCUGGCGGUGCACCUUCUCAGCUGGUCGCUUCAAUGGUCCAUCAAAUGUUAACAAGUGGAAGCUUCGAGGAACACCUGCGCGGCACACUCUUGCCAUCGUACGAGAAGAGAUACCGACGUCUGAUGCAAUCCAUCCAGGCUAGGCUCGUUCCGCUUGGUGUUACACUUCCCAAGCUUCACGAAGACACCGCAGGCGGUUAUUUCAUAUGGUUGACGCUACCAUCGGGUUUGAACGCCGAGGAUAUUAGAACUGCCGCGCUUGAGGAAGAGAACUUGACCAUUAUGGCUGGCUGGCAAUGCCAGGUUCAGGGCGACGAUGAAAGUGGGUUGGAUCUAAGCAGAAAUCUUCGUCUCUCUUUUGCUUGGGAAGACUUCGAUGCCCUGGAUGAUGGUGUACAGAGGCUGGCUAAGGUCAUCGGAUCCAAGGUGACAAGAUGA